AUGGCGACUGAUUUCAACUCCCAAUACGUCAAUGCCAAUUUGUCAAAGGAUGCCACUCCAUACGACAGCGAGAUCUUCGCCGGGUGGGCCGCCCGACUACAGCAAGCCUUACAAUCCUACACGCCUGGGCUCUCGUACGGAAUCCUGACUGCGAUGCUCUGCGCCCAGCGACGUGGUGAUGCUGCCGGGCCGCUAUUUGAUGACGCGCUCAAGGCCGAAGGUGAAGAGCGUGUACUGGGACUAUUCUCAGUGGUGCGUGAAUCCGUCACUGUGGCCCUGGGAUUCGUGGGACUCCCGAAUACCAUGCCAGCGAAUUUCGGAUUGAUUGCGCAGCUCAAGAAGCGCAAUAUCGCCGAAGUGCCACUGAAACCAAGAGCCGGAUUCCAAGAGGCCGAUUACGGGGAACUCGGCAAUGCGACGCUGAAACGCGUCUAUCGCGGUGUUGGGAACCCAGAAGUCGCUCAGAUGGUCGCUCAAUACCUGCCAGAUCUAGCGUAUCUCGGUACAACGGCGAUUUUCGGCUAUGCGAUGGGUGCGUGCAACACUCUGCCCCUGAAAGAGUGCGAGAUCGUCGUUACUUCUGCGAUCAUUGCCUUGGGGGCACUACGACAGGCGCGUAGCCAUGGUAAAGCAUCCAUGCAACUUGGAAUCGCGCCAGCACUGUUGGAGACCAUCGACACCAUCGCACAUGAAGUGGCGCAAUGGAAUCAGAACCCGUUGUCGGAGAAGCUGGACGUUCCUCAGCUCGUUAAAGAGCUCGACGCAGAGCUUGCGGAAUUGGAAUCCACCGGUUGA